GCGUACAAAAUGCGAAGCUCACGAGAGUCGAAUCUCACAACAGUACUUCCCGGACUGUCUGACUGGAAUGCAGAGCAGCUGUUUUUCAUCGCUUACGCUAACGUAUGGUGUGAAGUGGUGAAGACAUCGUCAGUAAACUAUUUAAUGGACACUGAUGUUCACCCUUUGGGGAUGUUCAGGGUGAAUGUGCCUCUCCAGAACUUUCCGCCUUUCUCACAAGCAUUCAACUGCCCUAUCGGAAGUCCAAUGAACCCGUACGAAAAGUGUCGGGAUCGUGACUUCGUGAAUCAGGGAAAAGAAGUUCCUCACAUCGAUCAGAAGUGUUGUCGCUGUAAAGGGUUGGCCACGACUAAGGACUUAAUACCCGCAAUCGAUCUACGGAAGAAAAAGGAUAAAAGCAAGGGAUAG